UACUAAAAUUUUAACUACAUACAUUAAUGUAAAAAUAAAUAUUUUUUUAAUUAAGAAAUCUAAUUAGCGUAUUCAUUUUUUAUAUUAUCUUUUUAUAAUAAAUAUUAAAAUAAAUAUUAUGCAAAUAUUACACUUAUAGAAAAAAACAUUAAGUAACAAAAUUGGUUAACUGUGUAAAUUUAAGUGUUAAUAGGAAUAAGUUCCGUUUCUGCAUUUAAAUAUCAUUGGAUUACUUAUUACAAAACUCAGUCGUACAUAUAUUUAACGCAAUGUGGAUUAAUUUGGAAAUUAUCAUACUGAGUAUUCUUUUACAUUUUGGAAAUUCCGAUGAAGCAGAUAAAACAGAGGAUAAUAAGAACCCUGAAAUUUUUGUAACAAGUUCAUGUUUAGAAAAACCGUAUAAAUGUCCGCACCCAAAAAUACAGUUUUAUUUAUAUACUCGCCGAACACAAGAGGUUCCUGAGUUUUUAGAUGUUUUAGACGACAACGCAUUAUUUUUUACGCACUUUAAUCCAACACAUCCAACAAAAAUUAUAAUUCAUGGUUUUGGUGGUGGACGAAAUUUAUCACCUUCACCUAAUAUAAGAGAGGCGUAUUUCUCAAUCGGUGAAUAUAAUAUUAUAAUUGUUGAUUAUGGUAAUGCUGUAAAAGAACCAUGCUUAAGUCAAAUGGAUUGGUCCCCGAGAUUUGGAAGUUUAUGUAUUGCACAGUUAGUUAAAUAUUUGAACAGACAUCCACGUGGUGUAAGACCUGAUGAUUUACAUUUUAUUGGAUAUAGUGUCGGUGCACAUAUAGCUGGGUUAGUGGCAAAUUAUUUAACACCACAAGAGGGCAAAAUUGGUCGUAUAACGGGUCUUGAUCCGACAAUAUUUUUUUAUGCUGGUACAAAUAAUUCAAGAGAUCUAGAUCCAGGAGAUGCUCAUUUUGUUGAUGUAUUACAUACUGGUGCUGGAAUAUUGGGGCAAUGGCAUUCAACUGGUCACGCAGACUUUUAUGUAAAUGGUGGAACAAGCCAACCAGGAUGUGCAAGCGCAUCAUUGUUCCAAACACUAGCUUGUGAUCAUACUAAAGUUACGCCAUAUUUUAUUGAAUCUAUUACAACUCAAGUUGGAUUUUAUGCUGGACCCUGCCCAAAUUUAUUUACAUAUUUAAUUGGUUGGUGUGAACCAAAGCCGUCAGAUUAUGUUUUAAUGGGCGAACAUGUAUCUAAAAAGGCCCGAGGUGUUUAUUAUGUUACCACAAACCCUUCACCCCCGUAUGCCAGAGGUUUUCCAAAUAAAAGACGUUCUCGAGAUAAUAAUCAGAUUGGAAGAAGCUAUGAUGGUGUACGCAAAAAAUAAUUUGAAUGCAGCUAAACUGUUAAACCAUUAUGUUUUUGCUAAAUAGCUUUAGAAAGAAGAAAAAAACAAUUUUUUUAUUGUUUUAUUUUUAUAUUUUCUUCUACAAAAAAUUAAAUUAAUUUUUUUUUUAUUUUAAUUAUGUUAUAAUAUAAUGGCUUAGAAACUAUAUGAAAAAUUCAGCUACCCCUUCAAUUCUGUUUUUGAUAUAUUAUUCGUCUUUUCGUUCUGAUUUCUAAGAAAUUAAUAUAAGAAGGAUGAAUUUUUGUAAAUAAUUUUUGGCAAAGUUUAGCUAACUGCAAUAUAAAAAAUAGCAUUAACGUCUAAGUUCAAAAAAAAAACAAAAGAGUGUUUAUCUAUUCAAAUUCUUAAUCAAAACUAAAAAAUUUAUUUUUUAUUUUAAUCAAAUCUAGUUUGUGUUUCAUUCGUAAUCUCCUAGAUGCAUCACUUGAGGUGUUUUUUUGCGAAUUUGAAAUUUUAUACUUUCAAUUUGAAUUUUCAUAUUUUGAAAUAAUAUCUCUCAAGUUGUGAGCCUUAGAGACUAUGGGUGAUUAAUAAGAUCUAUUGUAUAUUUUGUUUAUGUAUAAAGUACUUUGAUAUUAUAAUAAUAAGAUGCACCAUUGGGAUUUAAUUAGUUUUAGAUGGUUGUGAUAAUACUCUGUAAGAAAAUUUUAGUCAUUUUUUUUUCAAUAAAAAAAUUUAACAUUUAUAUACGUUAAGCCUGUGUAGAUAUAUGUAUGUAUAAGUACAUGAAAUAUAGUAAUUCAAAUAAA